AUGAAUGACAAGGAUCAACAGCAAGAAUUAAGUAGUGAUCGUCGUGCGGAAUAUGAAGAAGCAUUUAUAUUAUUUGAUAAAGAUUGUGAUGGUUUAAUAAAUUCAUCUGAAUUACCAUUACUUUUACGUAGUCUUGGUCAAUCAAUAAAUGAUAAUGAAAUACCAAAUGUCCUUCGAGAAUCUAAUCUUGAUCCACGUGGUAAAUUUACAUCAUUAGAUUUUAUUAAUUUAAUUGAACGACGAACAAAUGCACUCGGUACAGAUACAUUUGGAAGUGAACAAGAUGUUCGUGAUGCAUUUCGUAUGGUACUUGAUCCGAAAGGAACAGGUACAGUUCCUGUCGAUGAAGUUAUGAAUCUUUUACAAGUUUUUGGUGAUGGAGGACAAUUAUCACAACAACAAAUAUGGGAAUUAUUAGGUACAGCUGAUAAAAAUAAUACAGGACAAAUUAAUUAUGAAGAACUUAUUAAAGCAUUAACUUCUAGUUAA